GCGACGCCCUCACCGACCGCCAGCACGUCGACGGUUUGCCCCUCGCCAGCCAGUUGUAACCUAUUGUCUGUAGGAUUGUACACUUUCUCUAUCGAGCUUUCGUCUCCACAUUCCCUUGUGUCUCGAGUUUGCUAGCGUCUCGCGUCCUUAUUGCACGAUCGUUUCAAGCAAUCCCUUACGAUGUGGUGCGAUAACUGUCUUCUGCUUUUCCCCCUGCGCGUCGGCGCCAUGAUCUGGGCCUUUUUGAUCGCGGCAUACAGCAUUGCCGGUGGUGUAGUCCUGUUCAUGUUGGGCCCGUAUCUGUUCUUCGUCUUCCCCGAGUGGGAUAUUUACGGUGGCAUCUCCAUGGUAGUGGGUGCUGUCGCUGUCAUCUCCCUAAUCGCUCUCGCCAACAGGUCCUACGUCUGGACGCGCAUCGCCAAGAUCUCGUGGCCAUUCGUGAUCAUUAUAAGCGCCAUUCGGGCUGUCAUUAUGGUUGUCGAGCUGCAGCGUGGGAGUACCAACAUUGAGUGGGAGUGCGCCAAUGGGGGUCAGCUCUGGACCGCUUCCGCUGAAGCGGGCUACGGAGGCUCUACCGCGUUCCCCAGUAGCUUCUGCACUGCCGGUUUUGCCAACAUUGAUGCGGCGUUCAUCGUAGGUCUCCUCGUCGAUCUAGUGUUCCAGAUCUACAUGUUCUUUUUGGUCUGGCGAUACCAGAAGAGGCUUGAACAUUACCAGAACAUGAAGGGUCCUUUCGGUGGAGGGUACUAUGCCUAGAGCUUAGGAAGCAUCCUCCGCACACGACCGCUCCAUCCACGCGUUCUCUCUCGGACCCCGCGCAUCUUUUCCUUCUGCCUCGGCUCACGUUUAUUUCGCCUGCAUCUGGCUUUCAUAAAGGCCUGCACGAACUGUUACGAACUCUCACGACUUUCAUGACCGUCGCGACUCUAAUCCGCUUCAUCUUAGUAGUGCACGCGAUUCACUUAUCGCUAUCCUGUAACGACCUUUCAUGACUUGGUGCUCCAAUCUGAACAUGAUUGUGCCCUUUGUUUCAC